CGUUACAAACCCUCCUCCCUCCCCAGCAGGCUCACACUGUAUAAAACCUGGACCGUGUUUGGAAUCAGACAGAGAGGCCGAGAACUGCGUGGGAAUCUGUCUACAGCCGUGUUUUUAGGUACAAAAUUAGAAUGACUCGCUCUGGUGCUGUGGUGUCACUGAGUAUUGUGGCUCUUUGCCUGUUGGCUUGUUUUCACUCUGGCACAAAUGCAUAUCCAGCCAAACCUGCCAAUCCCGGGGAAGGUGCACCGCCUGAGGAGCUCGCCAAAUACUAUUCAGCACUCAGACACUACAUCAACCUCAUUACAAGACAGAGGUACGGGAAAAGGUCCGGUCCAGAUGCAGUCUUUUCAGACUUGCUGGUGAGUGAAAGUGCAGAGAGUAUGGCUGGACCCAACUAUCUCAGAUAUGAUAUGUUACCAGUGUGGUGAUGCUGUUGGACUUGUCACAUCCAGAAUGACCCCAACACAACGCGUCUGCGAUGUGUGUUUCCAACGUCCUAAAAUUAAAUUGUAAUCCAUUGAAUAAAUAGUGUCAUGCAA